AUGGAAGAAAGCUGUCUCCCUUCUCCGCAUCUGUCUUGUGGAUUCGGCUCAAGAUCAACCGCCGAUGACGUCACUGUUAAUUCUGAUCUCCGCUCUCUAACUGCCAUCAUCACUGGUGCGACGUCGGGGAUCGGAGCGGAGACGGCGCGUGUUCUAGCAAAGCGUGGGGCGAGGCUCGUACUUCCGGCUCGGAGUGUGAAAACCGCAGAGGAAACAAAAGCUCGGAUCCUCUCGGAGUUUCCUCAUUCCGAUAUCAUCGUUAUGCAUCUCGAUCUCAGCUCUCUUUCUUCCGUUCGUCGAUUUGUCGCUAAUUUCGAAUCUCUCCACCUACCACUCAACAUACUCAUCAACAAUGCCGGAAAAUAUGCGCACAAGCAUGCCAUCUCUGAGGACGGUGUGGAGAUGACCUUCGCCACUAAUUAUCUCGGCCAUUUUCUGCUGACAAAACUCUUGUUGAAGAAGAUGAUCGAAACCGCGGAACAAACCGGCGUUCAAGGCCGUAUCGUCAACGUCACGUCGGUGAUCCAUAGCUGGUUCGCCGGCGAUAUGUUGCAAUAUCUCGCUGAUAUAUCACGAAACAAUAGAAAUUACGACCCGACUCGAGCCUACGCUCUCUCCAAGCUCGCCAACGUUCUGCACACCAUCGAGCUAUCAAGGAUUCUCCAUAAAAUGGAUGCUAAUGUGACGGCCAAUUGUGUUCAUCCUGGAAUCGUGAGAACACGUCUCACGAGAGACCGUGAAGGUCUCAUAACGGAUUUAGUGUUUUUCUUGACCUCCAAGCUAUUGAAGUCUGUUCCUCAGGCAGCAGCAACGACAUGUUACGUGGCAACAAGUCCGAGGUUGAGGAACGUGAGUGGCAAGUACUUCUCGGACUGCAACGAAACUCGGACAUCUAAAAUGGGAUCGUGCAAUCUUAAAGCUCAGAGAUUAUGGACCGCUUCUGAGUUGUUGGUUUCUCAAGCUUCCUCAUAUCCCAACAAUAAUGUUUAUCAAACCACCUUCAAAACUUUAGCCGACGAUCCUCUAUGUCAAUCCCAAGCCAUGUAA